AUGCUGCGGUGUUUGCGGUGUUUUCGCCGUCGAAAGGCGCAGGAAGACGGGGGACAGACGACGGAAGACGGCGGCAGUGCCACAGCGUUCGUCCCGGCGCACAGCAGUACCUUUGCAAGUGGACAGCUCGACAAGUCACUGGUGGAAACCGCUGCAACGUUUGAAGACACGUAUGACACGCUGUACCAGGUUGGCGAGGGCAAGACGGGUCAAGUGUUUGUCGUCAAGAAGAAGAAGAAAGGGCCGCAGCAGUCGCAGCUUCAGAGUCGCGCGGGAGCUGCCGAGCCGCUGGCAGAGAACCAGCUGCGCGAACGCGAGUGGGAGGACCACGAGGUCGCGGCGAAGGUCGUGCGACAGGAGUACCUGUCGACACCGAACCGAGUGGCAGCGCUGCAGUCCGAGUUGGCCAUCUUGGCGCGCGUGCAGCACCCGGGCAUCCUCCGGCUUCGACAGGUCUUCCAAGACGACGACAAGGUCGUCAUUGUCACGGACAGGGCCCUGGGCGGUGAACUGCUGGACGCCAUUGCGCGACCAGACGCCCCUCGACUGCGGGAGUGCGACGUCGCUGAGAUCGUCCGUCAACUGCUGCGUGUCUUGGCGUACUUGCACUUGAACGGCAUCACGCACCGUGACGUGAAGGUCGAGAACAUCCUGUGCAAGUCGACGACGUGGCAGGACGGCGUCGUGCUCAUUGACUUUGGCUUGGCGCACAUGAGCACAGUUGGCGACGGUAGUGCUGAGAUGUCCGGCAUGAACGGCACGCCCCAUUACAUGGCGCCCGAAAUGUUCCGCAAGACGGGCAGCUACGACUGUGCGAUCGAUCUCUGGGCACUUGGCGUCGUCACGUACAUCCUCUUGUUCGGGCGCUUCCCGUUCGACGCCAAGUUCCUGUCGCAAGUCGAAGACAAGAUCAGUCAAGGCGAGUUCGCGUACCCGGCCGAGCUCACGGCGCAGGUGUCUCCGCAAGCCAAGAAGUUCAUCGAGUAUUUGCUCGUGCGGAACCCAGGGGAGCGCCCUCCAGCGGCCCUUGCGCUGCAGCACCCGUGGCUUCAGCCGGAAGCUGCACCGAGCACGGCCUUCACGACGGACCACAUGACGGCGCUCGCCAAGUUCUCCGAAGGCAAGAAAGUGUUUACGCCGCCAGCCACUUGCACGGAGGAGUACUUGCCACCUGCGCCUGUUGCAAAGCAAGAGGGCAUCACACACGAAGGUAAAGUGAAGAACGGGGCAGCGCGUGAAUAA